AUGCAUGCUGCACCAUAGAUGACGAUGGAGACAUCUGGAGAUCAGGUUCAGUGUCUAUAUAAGAACAGAAGCCUUUCAACACAAGCAGGCUUAACCAGAUCCUCCAGACAUCCACCAGCCAUGUCUCCUGUGUAUGUAGUUGGCAUGCUAGGACUUUUGAUGAAGGUAGCCAUGCCUAUGUGUGCUCCCACUGAGUACACCAUUUACAUCGAGAGGCAGGAAUGCAAUUACUGUGUGGCUGUCAACACCACCAUCUGCAUGGGCUUCUGUUUCUCCAGGGACAGUAAUGUGAAGGAGUUGGUGGGUCCUCGUUUCCUGGUUCAGAGGGGCUGCACCUAUCAGGAAGUAGAGUACCGGACGGCCAUCUUGCCCGGCUGCCCUUCACAUGCAGAUCCUCACUUCACCUAUCCGGUAGCACUUAGUUGCCACUGCAGCACCUGUAACACCCACAGUGAUGAAUGUGCCCACAAAACCAGCAACGCUUACACCAAAUGCUCCAAACCUGUCCGUCAUUUGUACCCCGAGGAGAACAACUACAUCCAGGCAUAUUGGGAACAGUAUGAAUAAUGUUUGAUUAGUCCUUAAUGAAAAGUUAAAGUAUUUAUGCUGUAGCAGCUGACUGUGGAAAGUUGUUUUUUUAGGUAAUCAUUGAGUAAACCUUGUGUCACGAAGUUACCUAACACAUUAUGUUUGCUGUAUUUUAUAUUCAGCAUAUGAUGUCUUUAAAAAAGCCAAAAGUGGUUAAAAAGAAGGUGUGGUUUUAAUGGGGUUCAAAUACUUAUGCUUUUAUGGAUACUAAUGUCCAUUCUGUGAAAUUUAAUGUUUUAGUGUUUGAUUGGUAGUACUUCUAUAAAAAAAUUCUGAGUGAAAAUCCACCCAUAAAAAAGGAGAUUUUAUUAUUAUUGUUUGUGUUUAUGGCUUAA